AUGUACUCAUCACAAUAUUAUUCAUAUGAUACAAUAUACCGACCUUAUUAUCCGGGAUAUGUUUUAUACGAAAUUCCACAAGAGAAGAAUAUAUUUUGUAGUUUAACUGAAGCAUUAUGUAGUGGUAUAGGAUUAAUAAUAACUUCCUUGGCUUCUAUUUGUGUUGCUUCAACUGAUUUAUUAAUAAGAAGUUGUGAUAAUAGAAAGAACAGAUAA